AUGCAUAUAAUCACAUCGCUCGCAAAGGUAGUCUUACUAGCAUCUCACAUUUCAGCUGCUGGAUACUUUGGUGGCUAUGAAAUGAUGGAUGGAAUGUCUAACAUGAACUGCUACAACCCGUGCUACAACCCUUGCUCUCCUGGACAGCCCAUGCCAACUUUGGAUGAUUCCAUCUACUACGACUUAACUGGAUACGGAGAAGGUGUUGGAAAUGGAAUGGGUGGAUGUUCCAGUGGAUCUUGCUCAAUUGGUGGUGAUGAGCCAGCAAUCGGAGGAGGAGCCGGUAUUUCGCAAUUCCCAGGUCAACAAGGUGGCCAGUUCGGAGGACAAUUUGAAGGGCAAUUCAGUGGACAAAUCGGUGGUCAACAAGGCGGCCAAUUCGUAGGUCAACAGGGCGGUCAAUUUGGUGGUCAACAAGGCGGUCAAUUCUACAGCCCAGCUGAGUACCAGUCAAUUGUCUUAGACACUUCAAGUGCCCAAUACACACCAUCUGGAUCUGCCGGUGUUGCUUCAUCUGCUCCCUCUGCUUCCGGCUUUGCUUCAUCUGCCUCAUCUGCCUCAGGUGUUGCUUCCUCAGCUUCUGACUUCAGCUCAGUUGCAGCCCCAUGCGCAUCCAAUGCCUCAGCCAGUGCUUCCUCAACUGGAUUUGCCUCUUCAUCUUCCUUUGCCCCAACUGUGACUCCUCUUUACCAAGAGCUUUCCCAGCCAGCCAUCAACGGAGGUGACCAGCAAUUCUCAGUCCUUCUCAAUGGAAACAUCCCUGUUAAUGUCCAACCCAGCUCAAUCACUGUUGGUGAGAACACUUACCCCAUUGUCAGUUCAGCAUCCGCAGCUUCUGCAGCAGGCGCAGCUUCUUUCAUCCCCAGCACUACCACUGUAGAGCCUCUCUUCACUCCUGAAGAACUCGCAGCCGGAGCCGCAAUUCCAAUUGUUGCUCUUGAAGGCCAGGAAAGUGUUACUGCCGCCCAGCUCAAGAAGGAGCAAGAGGCCGCCAAGGACAGCAAGAACUGCAAGAAGACCGGCAAGAAAUCCAAGGCUAGCAAGAAGACAAAGGCCGCGGCUGCCAACAAGAAGAAGAACGGAGUAGCCGGAGUUUCCACUCUAGCCGCCUUAGCAAUUCUUCCUUUAGUUGCUCUCCUCUUCUAA